ACAGCUACAAAUAUUAUGAUUUUCACUCGUGAAAUUAUUUGGUAUUCUUUUCGUUCUGUGGAAUUACAACAUUGUCUCUGUUUCCAGGGUCAGGGUCAUGUGGGUUUUCAAGGGGGUGACAGUGAGCUCGGGGCGAGACUACCAUUCACAAAUCGAUAUUCGUAGGGUAAGAUUAACGUGGUUGUUACCGCGUGGGUCACGGGAAUUUUGUUGUUAGUGACGUCCGUUGGGCAGAGCCGAGCCGAACUAGUCUUUGCUUAAAUCAUUCAGGCCCCACUUUGUUGACAUUUCACACAUGUGUUGGCUACCUACAGACCUUUGGCUAGGUAGCUGGUAACUUGCAUUUAUUUCUGACGCACUUAACUCUCUGUGGUGAUACAGCUAACGUUAGCAUAGCCUACCUGCAAGCGGUGCGCUUUAUAUUUAUUGAUGGGCAGCAGGACUCACAUGUGAAAUGUUGAGGACCGUACACACGAGAAAAGGGAAAUGUAAGGUUAGCUGUUCAGCUAACUCGACCUGAGGAGAACGUCUACGUCUGGGACGGGGGAUUUCUCGAUCUUUGCUGGCAAAGCUGGCAACGUUAGAAUCUAGUUUCGAUUCCUGUUUUUAGUAAUUGACAGUAAACGUGCGUUCCGGAGCUACCUAGCUAGCUCGUUAGCUACACCAGUUGGGCCCUUUCUAUCCUUGUAUUCGUGGCUAUGGAGCAUGCAGGCUGUGUUAACAUUUGUAGUCUGACCAGUACACUACCCGUGAUACCUUAUCAGAAAUUGACGGACUUGCACUACCUCAGUAAAGGUGGUUUUGGGACCGUAUUUAGGGCUCAACACUGUGAUUGGCGCACCACCGUUGCUAUAAAGUGUCUGAAAUUGGAUUCUCCUGUUGGCGAAAGGGAGAGAAACUGUCUGUUAAAAGAAGCUGAGGUUCUUCACAAGGCCAGGUUUAACUACAUAAUCCAGAUUUUUGGUGUAUGCAAUGAGCCAGAGUUCUUCUGCAUAGUCACAGAGUACAUGAGCAACGGCUCCCUUGAUGAACUGCUUCACGAGAAAGACAUGUACCCAGUGUUGGCGUGGUCACUGAGACUGCGUGUUCUGUAUGAGAUAGCUCUUGGUGUGAAUUUCCUCCAUAACAUGACCCCACCAUUACUGCAUCAUGACCUGAAAACUCAGAAUAUCCUUCUGGAUGGAGAAUUUCAUGUCAAGAUUGCUGACUUUGGCCUGUCAAAAUGGCGCCAGUUAUCCAUUAGUAAAGGCUCCAGCUCUAAGCCUACAGAGAUGGGGGGCACGGUCAUCUACAUGCCCCCUGAGGAGUAUGAGCCCUCAAAGACACGCCGUGCAGACGUCAAGCACGACAUGUACAGUUAUGCCAUCAUCAUGUGGGAAGUGCUGGCUCGAAGGAUACCUUAUGAAGAGGCGACCAACCCCAUGCAGAUUAUGUUCAGCGUGCUGAGGGGCACUCGACCGGACACCAGCCUGGACAUCCUUCCAGUGGACAUCCCCAGCAGAGAGACCCUGCUCCACCUCAUGACCAGCGGCUGGACCGCAAACCCAGACGAGCGGCCCUCCUUCAUAAGCUGUCUAAUUGAGCUGGAGCCAAUGCUCAGAGUGUUUGACGAGAUUGAUGUUCUGGAAGCGGUUCUAGAGGUGAAAAGGUCAAAGCUCAUGAGGAGAACAGGGUGCUGCCCCCCAUCUGUGGCAGCAUGUGAGAAGAGGACGGAGAUGAACAUUGCCUGGCCCGACAGCUCCACAUCAGGAUCUGGCUCCUACUCCUCCCAGGAGGCGGACAUCUCCCAGCCAAACUUCCUCACCAUCAGCAGUAGGCCCCCCUCCGGCGGCCCCAAAGGUCCUGGUUCCUCUGCAUUCAUUCCUCCCACCCUAGACCCUCCCAAGCCCCUCAAAGACCAGAACGACCUGAAUGAAGCUCCCACGAUUCCCCAGCUGCAGACGGUCAACUACAAUAACAUCCCCCUGAAGCCUGGACAGGCAGGGAGCGACUGCGACAUCACCAUCAGCGGACUCACCCUCCAGCCAUACCCGCAAGCACUCUGCCCCUCACCGGACUCACUGGGCCCAGCGGCGCGCUGGAUUGCGGCGAAGCGCGAGGAGGUGGUGCGUCAGAUGACAGAGGCGUGCCUGAACCAGAGCCUGGACGCGUUGCUGGCCCGCGAGCUGCUGAUGCGCGAGGACUACGAGCUAGUGGUCAACAAGCCCACGCGAACCGCCAAGGUGCGGCAGCUGCUGGACACCUGCGACCGCCACAGCGAGGACUUCUGCCGUGUGGUGGUACAAAAGCUCCAGGGCAACAAGCAGCUGGGCCUGCAGCCCUACCCCCCCGAGCUCAGCCCUCCAUCGUCACUGCCGUACCCCCAUCCCCCCCUCCCCAGCGCCCCCCUGCUCUCCAGCUCCUCAUCUUCCUCCUCGUCCUCCUGCAACGCCCGCAACUUCUGAGCUUCAUUCAACGUGGAAGAGGCUGAGAAAGAGGGGGAGAGAGAACGUGAACAGGGCUGCUGUUGGAUAAAUGAUCCAGCCAUGGGUGUGGAGUCCGUUGUUUUUGGUAUGUGUCUGUUCUGGUUGUAUGUGUCAGCACUGUUGACUGAACUGAACUCUCUCUGUGGUUUACGUGUCCAUUUCUCUGGCUUCUAAGAUGGAGAGUUAUUCCAGUUGCUUAUUUUCACCUGAUGGAAAAGCCAUGUUAUUUGUUUGAGGAAUUAUGUGAUUAAUUUGAAGUUCUAGAGGUGCCAACUGCAACCCUCUAUAGAUAUAUACACAAAAUCCACAGAUUCAUUAUUGGGUUGUUUGCCUUCCUAUUUCUCAACGUAUUUGUGCACAGGGAGUCUUGUUCAAUCUCUAUUAUAAGUCUUUCUAUUGACCCAUCCACUUACCUGCAAACCAGCUAAAAAACAUUGUUGUGGAUGUUUUGUAGCCACUGGACCAGGAAGUGUUUGGACGUGCACAAAAAAAAAAAUCUGCAAUUCUUCCUGGUGUUCAGUGUUGCUGAUGACGCGAGACCUCAGUGGUGAAGUCAUCCUUUGUCAUUGUUGGUCUCUCAUUGUUUCCCAUCAAACCCCUCCCCUUCUUGAGUCUUUCUCUUGUGUGUUACUAUUUGAGAAAUUGCACGUCUGAAAAAUGGACCAAACAGCAUUCUGGACAUUCUUUGUGCCAUUCACUUUGAGUGAAUAAGGGACAUUUUAGCACUCAUCAGUGUGUGUGAUGCCAAGUCAAACAAAGACUAGUUAUUUAGAAAUGUGUCUGGAACCCAAUAGUAGUUACAUUCUGUGUGGGCUUAACAAGUCCUCUCUGGGCAGAAUAGAUUGUCUCAGUGGAGCCACUUGGGCAGGUAUGGUGACACCGCUCACAGCCAUAACUUUAGCCCUUGACGCAAACAAUUGUGUCUUACAUUGGAGCGUGGCGCAACCAGGUGUAAGAACCUCGUCCUGUCUGCAGCUGCUUUCACAAAGCAAAGCUUCAUCUGAGCUGCUUUGCAAUACAUGCACCGUGGCAAUAAAUAAAACCUCAAAACCUAUGGACCCGUGACGCAUGUGAGACUGUCUGCUGGAAGGCGGCUGUGGCUCUAAGGCAUUCUGUAGUAAUAUUCAAUGUCAACAUGCACAUCACUGGAAACCAAUUCUGUGGCUUCACUAAGACAGCCCCUCACACCUUUUCCCUGUAGUCUGUCUGUUUUUGGUCUGAUAAUAUUCUCUGUUGUCCAGCUAUUGCAUUGCUUUUUAAAUCAGCUUAUGUUCUCUUGACCUUUUCCCCAAAGGCCAGCGCAGCAGUUGAAAAUCAACAACACAGCAGAAUGUGUACAGCCCACGUAGUCAGACUACAAGUGCAUGAGCCAAUCGCGCUUUGUUUAUAGUUUCCUCAUAGGAGGCUCCUCGUCUGUUGCCUUGUUUUUGCUUCCUUUCCCAGAUCUGGUUUCACUUCCUCUGCCAAUGACUGUGCUGCAUGCCUAGGCGUAGAACUUGCUCCUCCUGGUUGUUUAAAGGCCUUAAAUGUCAUGAUCUGUCCAAUCGCUGGUCAGGGUUUCUCAAAACCCAUGAGUGAGGUUCAUAUUUGGUGCAGAGCUCCUAUCAGCGCAGAGGUCAUGGGCAGUUUGACUGUAAAGAUGUAGUAACUCUAAGUAACUCUAUUUCAACUAAGUAACUCUAUUUCAACAUGUCACAGAUGUCAUCUUUUGUAAUGGUUGAAACUGCUCCUCGCCACUAGCUAAUAAUUAUUAGGAUUAUUCAUGACUGGAUGAAUUCAUAGAAAAGCAAGUGGAGACAAAAUAGAGGAUCAUGAUCUCAAACUUUCUGGACCUCCUAGGGAAGAAUUGAGGACCAGUAGUCUACAGGCAUUAGCUACUGCGUGUUUUCUUGUGUGUGUUUUUAUGGACAGAAUACUUUUUUGAGAGCAGAAUGUUACUCUAACUUACCAUGAGGAUGAGUUUUUAUGUUUUUUAAUGUUAUUAUUUAUUCACUUAAAUGUCAAUAUAUUAUGUGCCACUGAUGUGAUGCCAUGUAGCUUAGUUGCCAGAGCACACAUCUGUUGCUGUCUUACUGCCUUUGUAUGAUCUGAUGGGUUCAGCAUUUGCACUGAAAAGGUACAUACUCCAUAUUUUCACAGCAUCUGUAUCUAGAAUAUAAUCUUAUUAAAAGCACAUUGGGGAAGAUCAGUACAGUGUCAGGUUACAGACCUUUUUUUUUUUUUUUUUUUUGGUAUAAAAAAAAUCUUAACAAAUGUCAUCCAUGUAAGUAGAUCAGUAGGUUAAGCAGAAGCAUUUCUUUUUUUCUCAUCAGGUUUAUCUUUCAAAACAACUUUUUUUUUGAAGCCAGUAAGAUGGAUUAUUAUUCGGCUGUUGAAAUCUGUUGCCUUAUUUGUGAGACAUUCUGUAUUUUCACAGAUGAAAAAAUGCACAUGACAUGACUAUACAAUCUACAUGAGAAUAAUGCUUAAGUAGCAACAGUAGCAGAAAUAGAGGCUGUCUGUACUGUUCAUGCAGGUGAUGAAGACAUACUUUCUAUCAAGAUGAGCUUUGCCACGUCAUUAAAAUGGGUAUUGUUUCA